AUGCAAAAUGGAUCUCUGCGAUCCCCGACGCACGAGCAGACCGUGGCGGAGAUCAAGGAAAAGGCCCUCCACGACACCUACACUGCCGCGCGCGGCGCAUCCGCCAUCAGCCUCAUCAAGACUGCGAGGGCACUGGUGAUUCAAGCGCAAGACUCGGAGAACGACGGGGACUUGAAGGCGGCGUUGAGCAAGUACUACCGGGCGGUAGGAUUGGUGAAGAUGUUCAUGGACAACCCGGAGCUUAAGGCGGAGCAUGCGAAGGGCGUCCUGACGAUGGAGUUCAAGGAAUUCCAACAAUAUGGCGGGGGCAGGCUGCAAGAGCGGACGAAGGAUGUGGAGAACAGGCUCGUCGAAAUGGAGAAAGCUGCUGGCCUUCCCAGGAAGGUCAAUGGCGGUAACGCAGGAAUGACGGUUGAUACGACCUCGAAGCGCAUCUCUCGUGAACUUCCCAAGGCCCCGACGACGCUGCCGUCGAUACCAACGUCGCUCCCGUCAUCUCCCCGUCCAAACCGGGUGGGACCCCAGCACCUCUCCAUCCAAACGACGACCACACCUCAACCGCCAUCUACCCACUCUUCCUCACCAUUGCCUCCUUCUUUCAAUGUCUCUUCGCCCUCACCUGGUCAACCAGCCGGCCUCAUGUCCCCUGUCAUAUCCGCGUCUACGCCGUUCACCACCGCUGGUACCCAGGCCUUCGUUCCAGCGUCAACGCUUGGACCGCCUUCACCAACGUCUUCAACAACCUCAUCACCCCGGACGUCACAUUUCAAUCUCGACACUUUCCAACAACAGUUCCCUUCCAUUGACGAGCUUGACGAGCUACAAGGCUUGCACAUACCUCCGGCUGCCACGGGUGGUACAGGGAGCACCGGCUCAAGCACCCAUAGUAAUCCACGAAUCGACGAUGUCAUAGUACCGAACGGGAUCACGCCCAAAGCUUUCCCCGUUUUGCCAACGGAUACUGGGACACGCAUCUCCAGCACCUCCGGUCUAUCCAACAUCGAGACAUAUUCCAUCAGUCGCCCAUCUUCUCCAGCACGCAUGUCUCCCACCUCCCGAGCCUCCCCUUCCGUCCCACGCAAACCCUCCGCUCUUUCUCUGAAUUCCUCUCCCGUGCCUGGACGGUCACCCCGACUAACGGGCAGUUCAAACUCGCCCCAACUGCAAAAGCCGGAGCUCCCGCAGACCAAUACCACGACCCCGAGGCAGUUAUAUGAGUAUAUGUAUCAUCCUGGCAUUCAGGUGUUGUUGUUGGAUCUGAGGACGCGAGCGGAGUUCGAGCGAGAGCACAUCAAGGGCGAACCGGUGGUGUGUUUGGAGCCGAUGGUCUUGCGGAGGGAUAAUCUUACCGGAGACAUGAUCGAGGAUUCCCUGUCCAUCGCCCCACAGAACGAACGCAUACCGUUCUCGAAUCGUGACAAGUUCGAUCUCGUAGUCAUGUACGAUGACGCCUCGGCCGACUUCGGUCCCUUCAAUUCGCCGUUCAUGUCGCUUGGCCGCGCCAUCUACGAAAAUGCGUUCAGGAAGAUGCUGAAGAAAAUCCCGGUGCUGCUCGAGGGCGGCCUGCAGGCGUGGAAGGCGGAGUUUGGCGAAGGCGAGGUGGUCAAAGGAGACGGAACAAUGGCCGAUGGGGUCGGGUCCGGGUCGAUGAAGGCGCCGGGCGCCUUGCACAGCGCGAGCUCAAGUGGGAUCGGGAUCGUCAACGGGACGAGCUCGAUCUCUGCCUACGGAAGGGAAGAAGCUCAGCAGCCUCCAUCACAUUCGAGGUCCCCGGCGCAGUCCGACCCGCAGAGUGUGAUCCUGGGAAGGGGCAGGGCUCAGACCGAUGCCACUACGAGGACACCUCCCACGCCGAAGCACCAGUACCGUCCCUCCGUCGAUCAGCAGCCCCUGGCUGGUCCCUCUCGCACCGCGAUGGACGACGCGAAUGGCGUGUUGUCCGCUACUCGCGGUUUGUCGCGCCGACCGGCGCUCUCUCGCCCGCCUUCGGGAACCUUCAGUCCAAAACCGAUUUCUGCCGAAUAUUCAUCACCAUCUAUUAUACCAACUCUACCACCUGGAAAUUCUGGAAUUCAAUACCCCGCAUUUGCCCGACCGAUGUCACCCACCAUUUCUGGUUCAUCUACUUCCUUCGCUUCAUCCUCACGCGAACAUUUCGGGUUGGUCUCGCCACCUCCGCAAGCCUCUAUUAAUCCUUCGCCGCUCUCGAGACGGCGGAGCGACUUCGUCGAUCAGUCCCAAGAAGCGUUAUCCAGCAUGCCGCGACAGCAAAUAGACUAUCCCGACCUGUCUUCGCAUCAUGUCUUACGACCGCCUCCUGCCGUCGCGGCAUCCACUCUCGAAAGGCAGGAUGUGCGUCCAGCGAGGGUGAUGCAACCACCACCGGUCGCUUCAUUGCCCACCGGACCCAGGGCACCGACGAUCCAAUCUGAUUACCCUGUUCAUUAUUGGGGCGAUUCGCAGAUUAGCCCUGCAGGCCUGAAGAACAUGGGUAACACGUGCUACAUGAACUCGACCAUCCAAUGCCUGAAUGCGACAGUCCCCUUCGCCCGUUUUUUCCUCGAUGGGUAUUGGCAGCAUGCAAUCAACAUGGUGAACCCGCUCGGGACGAAGGGGGCGGUUACAGCCGGUUUCGCGACGUUGCUCAGAGACAUCAAUCAAGGCGCCGUGUCGUAUCUAACCCCAGUCAAGUUCCGCGCUGAUUUCAUCCGCCAUGCCAACCAGUUCGAUGGCUCGGAGCAGCACGAUUGCCAAGAAUUCCUGAGCACGCUCCUGGACAGCCUCCAUGAGGACAUGAACCGCAUCUUGCAGAAGCCCACUUAUCAACCGACGCCGGAACGGGAGCGCGAGCUUGAAAGGCUGCCUCAACAGAUCGCGAGCGAGCAAGAAUGGCACAUUUACCGCAUGCGCAACGAUAGCCUGAUCGUGGACUUCUUCCAAGGUCAAUUCCGGAAUCGGCUACAGUGCCUGACGUGCCAGAACACAUCGACGACGUACAACACGUUCAUGUACCUAACCCUGCCUGUGCCCACCGGCCGGCUUAGCAAGGUCACCCUGCAGCAGUGCCUGGACGCGUUCGUGAAGGAAGAGAUCAUGGAAAAGUCCGAUGCAUGGAAUUGCCCACAUUGCAAAGCACUCCGUCGAGCAACCAAGCAGCUAUCACUAUCCCGCUUGCCGCCCAUCCUACUCAUCCACCUCAAGCGGUUCUCAUCCAAGGGAGCCGCGGCUGACAAGAUUGAGACGUUUGUCGACUUCCCGACCAAGGGAUUAGAUUUGACGAACUACAUGCCGCCGCCGUUGCCGCCGGGCGUGGACAAUGGGAUACCAGGUGCCCAGCAGUUAUCCUUGGACGAUCCCAGACGUCAAAUACCCCCUUACAAGUAUGACCUUUACGCCGUCACGAACCACUUCGGCAGCCUCAGUAGCGGGCACUACACCGCGUUCAUAUCUUCCCGCAACCAAUGGCUUUACUGCGACGACAGCCGGGUCGUACAGGCUGAUCCCAAAGAAGUGGUCGGUAAACCGGCGUACGUCCUAUUCUACAAGCGCGUCAAAGCUUAA